AUGCCAGAGGAGCUUCCACCAUGGCAGCAUUCCAGGCCGCUCUGCUGCUCACUGGAGCGGUCUGUUACUGAGCGGCCUGUUACUCCCUGGCAGGCGGAGUUGAAGUCAUGGACAGCCAAUCGCAUCGGUGACUUGACACAGACCCGGGAUUCGGACUGCUUGGAGAUUGCCGAGUGCAUCCUGGAGAAUGAGGAUCUUGCCGACCCGGAAGCCUUAAAGGCCUGGCUGAGCCCUUUCGUCACGGAGGAGAGCGCCAAGCACAAGGCAGAUAGCUUUGUGGAGGCGCUGUUCGAGCGGAAAGCGCAGAUCGCCUUGCUUCAGUCAAAUCCUCAAGGUGCAGCCGGGGGAGAGGGGGCCAAGGGAAAGUCCAAGGAGGGCAAGGGCGGCCCGAAGGGUGGGCGAGGCCGAGAUAGAGAUGAGGACCGUGGGAAGGGCAAGAGUGGCAAAGGUGAGAAGCAGAGAGUGCUACCUACCAUGGACAUGCCCUUCCUGCCUCGCCGCGAGGGAGAUAAGCGCCUGAUGGUCGUGGACGCCUCUUCCGGCCGGCACAACGUCCUCACGAACUGUCUCAACUGUGGAAAGGUGAUCACCGAGCAGGAAGGCUGGGGUCCCUGCCUCUUCUGUGGCAACCCCUUGGAGGUUGGAGACCGUCGGACGGGCAUCAAGAGAGGUGAUGAGCGAGGUCGGAUAGAAGUGGAUGGCAGGCCAGCUGGUGAUGACGACGAACGCUACAAUGCCUCGUUCCAGCGAGCGGUUGCCACCAAGGACAGGCUGCUAAGCUACGACCGGGACGCGAAGCGAAGGACCAAGGUCUACGACGACGCGACGGACUGGUACUCCGAAGCGGCGAACCCGUGGCUCUCCGAGAAGCAGAGGGAGGAGGCCAAAGCCAAGGGGCAAGAUGAGGAGAGGCGCCGAAGGGAGGAGCGGCGGAAGAUCCAUGCGACCAUCGACAUCUUCGGCCGGACCGUCAUUGACACGAGUGCUGAUGUUGAGGCGAACAUGAAGAAGAAGGAUCGAGAGACGUUUCAAGAGUGGACCGAGGGGACCACGAAGAACCAGCGCCUCCUGAAGAUGCUGGAGAAAGUAGAUUGCAUAGUCAACUGUCCGCCAUCCGACAUGGUUCAUCAACCGACGGAAGGCUGCACUUACGAGCUCAACGACGAGUUCAUCAAGAACACUUUCAUCCAUAUUCCGGCCCCACCAGAGCCCGAGGAGCUCAAGCGGGGACGCACCGCCCCCCCGCAGGUUCAUGACGUGGACACCGACCGCGAGCCCGAAUCCGAGGCCGAGCCUUGUGUGGAGCCCGUGGAGUCACUGAAGCUUCCUGACUUCGGCUUGAAGCUUCCGGACUUCACGAAUCCAUGGACGGAAAUCGAGAACACUGUGCCCUGCCCGGAUAUGCUUUGCCGUCACCGCACACACGACGUCUUUGAGAAUGGAGAUGGCCACGGCAUGACAUGGCCGAUGUACCCCGUUGAGGGAGGCUUGGACGUUGAGGGACAACUUGAGAUGGACGAGUUGAACUACGAUGCAAGCUUUGGCCAGGGAAGCCAAGGGAACGAGAUGACGAGUUUCGUGCAUGGAGCCUGGGAAGGACAGGUUGGAGUCCAGACAGGUGAGGUGAUGCAUCCGGCACCAGGUACAGCGGUGUUCGUCUUGCACCCUCCAUGCAUGGCUUCAGAUGGUGGCUUUGGCAGUUCCCAGCCCUACCUGGUGCCCAUGCACAUCAGCCCCGUGAACUCCAUGAGCCCCGAGAAUCUCGGCUGGCAGAUGCACGCCAUGUCUUCACCGAACUGGUCGGGGGAAAGCCCGGCGUCUGAGCUUCCCUUCACGUCGCCAGUUGUGCCCAUGCACAGCUUUUUUCCAGAGGCAGGUGAGGAAGUUCCGCAACAGGACGUCGUCAAACUCCGCAAGGAAGACUUGCUCCCGGAGUGCGACGAGAUCUCGGAAGUUACGCCUGCACUCUCUGACAUCGACAAGUUCUGGGAUGGACUUGGGGUGGACAUGUUGCAUCAGCCCCAGAAGAUCGGCCGGUCACCGAACAUGGAGCACGUCUAUUGGGUGGUGGAUGCCAACAAGCUCAACGACAAGGCGAAGGUCUUGGUCUCGCCGGAGUUCAAGGUGGGGAAACUUCCGAAAACAGGGGGACCCCAAUGUGUAGUACCCUAA